AUGCCCUGCGGAGUCCCCAUCUUGCUUGCUGUCGUUGCCAGUCUACUUACGGGUAUCCUUGAAUUGGGAACCGGUAGUCUCUGGGUGAUUAUUCUAGGGGCAUUGAAACCUGGUGACUGUUGGCUUGUGGACAUACAAGUCCUCUGCCGUGUCGGUUUGUCGUUUGNGGUGUCCACGGCCUCUACGCCGCGCCACCUGCCAAAGCUCACCACGCGUUUGAUCGCUGCACGACCUGGUAUUUUGGCUAAUCGCAGCAGGUUUACCACAUGA